CAGUGACAUGUUGUUGUGAACGACACGCAUGUUUUGCGAUUUUUGGUUAAUUUUGAGAUGAAAACGUGAAUUAAAUAAAAUGCCGAAAAAGAAAUUAUUUGAUGAAGAUUCAGAUGAAGAUAUUGAAAUUAAAACUGAAAAUGAGUAUGCUAAGAAAUAUGACACGUGGAGGAAGAAAGAAGAGAUUUACAAGUUGGAACAAAAGUACGGUCCCGACGCCCUCAACUCCGAUGCCUCGGGCUCGGAUAGCGAGGACGAGAGCGACGAGCCUCCUGAGAUGAGCGAGGAGGUUGAGGAGCAGUUCCUCAAGACCCUGGCGAUGCUCAAGACUAAGGACCCGAGGAUAUACGACCCUAAUUUUAAAUGUUUCGAUGUAGAUGAGGAGAAAAAACCGGAGGAAAAACCCAAACCUAAAACACUUACUUUCGAUGACAGUGAUGAUGACGAUGAUGGAGGUGAUAUUUUCAAAAUCGAAAAGAAGGCUGAGAUAGAUGAUGCUCCAACAAAAAGUUCCGAGGGCCCUAAGAAAAAUAAAAAGGGGGAAAAGAUCAAAGAUUACUUGACUGGCAAAGCUGAGCACAUUGAUGAUGAAGUUGAAAAAGACCUGGCACCACUAAAGGCACUAUGGUCGGACCCAAAACUGAGUGAGGGAGAAGCCUUCCUUAGGGACUUUAUACUGAAUAAGAGGUACAUGGAGGAGGGUGAAGAAAAUCCGGCCGUAGUGGGCGACAAGCUGCGCGACGACGCGGCUCUGGAGGCCGACGAGCAGCUGGUGGAGGAGCAGAGCCGCUUCGAGCGCGCCUACAACUUCCGCUUCGAGGAGCCCGACGACGAAUACCUGAAACGCUUCCCGCGUACGGUAAACUCCCUGCGACCCAAAGACGAUCGGCGGUCACGCGCUCGCCAAGCGCUGCGCGAGCGCAAGGAACAAGAGAAGGCGCGGAAGAUGGAAGAGAUCGGACGGCUCAAGGCGCUCAAGCUCAAGGAAAUACAUGAGAAAAUCGCAAAGAUUAAAGAAGUCACGGGGAACGAGGAGCUCGCGUUUAAAGAGGAGGACCUGGAGGGCGACUUCGACCCGGAGGAGCAUGAUCGGCGCAUGCGCGCGCUGUUCGACGCCGAGUUCUACGGACAGGCCGACGACCAGAAACCAGUGUUCCCCGACUUGGACGAGGAACUCGAAAUCGAAAAUUGGGACAAGUACGAAGAGGAGGCAGCUCAUGAGACGCAGGACGAUGAUGGACCGCACUGCGAAGAUGAGGAGUUUAACAUGGACGCAGAUUACAACCCGAACCAACCUCGAGCAGGUCUUCUAGAAGAGAUCCAGAAGACUCUAGGCAAGAAGAGAAGGAACCGCAAGCGCAAGUCUAAGCUAGCAGAGAUCCUCACUGUAGAGAAGCCUAAGUUCGUCCCUGAGGCCGACAAGAGCUACGCGCAGUAUAUGGAGGAGUAUUAUAAGCUGGAUUGUGAGGAUAUCAUUGGAGGAGACCUGCCGACUCGCUUCAAGUAUAGGGAGGUGGUGCCGAACGAUUAUGGACUUACUGUUGAAGAGAUCCUGCUAGCCGACGAUAAGGAGCUAACGCAGUGGGUGCCUCUGAAGAAGAUUGUACGGCACCGCCCCGACAACGUGGAACGGGGAGAAGUCAAAACGUACGCGCAGCGCGCCGCCGACGCCGCGCUCAAGAAGAAAGUGCUGCCCAGCCUGUUCCGAUACCUGCCCGAAGAGCCAGAACUUGUUGUGCCCGUGGAGCAGGCUUCCAAAAAGAAAAAAAAGAAGAAAAAGAAUAAAGACAAAGUCGCUAAGGAAUCAAAAACCACUGCAGAACACAAUGAACUAAAUGCUAGCGAAAAUAAUGACGCUAGUGGAGAGGUGCAGGAAGAAACUAAAGUAGAAGUUAAAGACAAGAAGAAGAAAACGAAUAAACAAAAAAUCUCUGAGGACUUUGAAACUACAGCAGAACACAAUGAACUGAAUGCUAGUGAACAUAAUGACGCAAGUGUUGAGGGGGAAGAAGAAACUAAAGACAAGAAAAAGAAAAAACAUGAAGUAGGUAAAGAUAGUGCUUCAACAGAAGUUAAAAAGAAGAAAAAACAUAAAGCCAAUGCUGAUGCAAAUUCUGCCGAAACGAACGUCAGUGCCAUGAAUACAGAAAAUGGUCUGAAUAACCAUUCGUUCGAAGAGAGGAAAACAAAAAAGAAGAAAAAACAAGUGAAUCAGUUUACUGUGGAGAAUGUAACAAAUCAGACACCCAGUCAAGACACAGACAAGAAGAUAAAUGGAAUUGAAAAUAACCAACAAACUAAAAAAGAUCUAAAACGAAAAUUAGAAGGUUCAAAUGAAAUACCAAUAAAAAAGAAGAAGAAUACGUCUAACGUAACUAAUGGUCAAAAUAGUAAUAAAGAAUUCAACAAGAAAGCAAAACAAAAGGAUAAGUUUAAAAAUAAUAAUAAGUUUAAAAGUAAGCAGAAUGAUAAUUCAAGUGAUAACCCGCUCGCUAAACUAUCGGACGAAAGGUUAAAAGCUUACGGAUUGAAUCCUAAAAAAUAUAGAAGUUUCUUGAAGUAUAAAAAAUUCUAAUACAGUUUAGUUUUCUAUGUUUAUUGUUACUUACAAAUGUUGUAGUAAUUAAUAGAAUAUACAUUGUACAUUUUGUUUUAA